AUGGGAAUACACAAUUUGUUGCCUUUCGUGAAGAAUGCAUGUCGUCAAGGUAAUAUCAAUGAAUUUGCGCAUCAAUCAGUUGCUGUGGAUGUUAGUUGUCUGUUACAUCGAGGAUUGAUUGGCUGUGCUGACAAAGUCGCUCAAGGAUGUGAAACCGAUUUUUAUAUACGCUACGUACUGAAAUAUGUUAGAGCUUUGCUCGCAAUUGGUUGUCACAUUAUCCUUGUUUUCGAUGGACAAAUGUUACCAGCUAAAAAAGAAACUAAUAGUUCACGACGCGAGAAGCGUGAUUUUCAUAAACAAAGAGGCGAUUUAUUGCUGAGCGAAGGUAGAGCAAGUGAAGCUUACGACUGUUUCAAACGUAGUACUUCACUGACACCCAGGGUGAUUGAAACUGCUAUUCAGGCAUUUCGACGUUUGAAUAUGGUUGAUGUUAUCGUAGCUCCUUAUGAAUCAGAUGCGCAGCUGACUUUUUUGACCAAAACAAAAAUGGUACAAGCAGUGGUUACUGAGGAUUCCGAUCUCAUUGCUUUUGGUUGCGAGAAAAUAAUUUUUAAAAUGGACCCUAGUGGAUCUUGUGUUAUUUUUGAUCAAAACUUAUUACCAAGAUGCUUGUGUAGAGCACUUGCAGAAAAUUUCGAUUUUGAUAAGUUUCGAAGAAUUUGUAUUCUAUCUGGAUGCGACUAUUUACAAGCAGGUCUUCCUGGAGUGGGCUUAAAUAAAGCGGCAGCUUUUUUCGCGAAAACUGAUGGUAGAAAUUUAUAUCAGAUACUACCCCGACUUCCACGAUAUCUCAACAAAAAUUCUUUAAAAGUAACCAAACAGUUUAUUGACGAUUUCAUUCGUGCUGAAAAUACAUUCCUUUAUCAAAUUGUUUUUGAUCCAGUUGAGAAACGGCAACGCCCAUUAAACGACUAUCCGCUGAAUCCCCAAAGCAAUGAGGAUGAUGAUGAAUUUCAUUCGAAUAGCCAAAGAGACGAUGAUCAUUUUUCUUACGCGGGAAGUAUUCAACCACAAGAAAUUGCUAUGAGUUUUGCGUUGGGAAACAUUCCUGGUGGUUCUCAAACUGAACAAAUAACCUUAUCUGAAAAUGUUCCUGAUUGGUCAAUUUGGAGUUCCAAUUACAAAAGUGCAGGGAUUCGACAGAAGGAAAAGCAUGGUGGAGAAAUCAGAAAGAAAUCAUCUUUUGGUGUAUUCAUGUUUGAAUCUUCUCGACCACCACCGCUACGUAUUUCGGAUUCCUUAUCGACAAUGGAUUCGAAAAUAUUGGCAAAUAGUUUAACUGAUGAUAACGAUGACUUUGUUUUAUGCAAAAAAACGAAGGAUUUGCAUAAAAAAGUUGUAGAAACUUCAAAAACCAAACAAAUUUCAACAAAAAUCGACCGUAAAUUGACACAUAUCCAUUCUAUUGGUGUUGCAAGAAAUGGAAACGGCGCCCGUAAAAAUUGGAAUUGUGAUCGUCUGCUAAAAGAAUUUGCUACUACAACAAACAUGUCGCAAAAAAAUGCAACAAACUCUCAUCGCGAAAUACCUCUUAAAAAGUCACGCAAAGCUUCCAAAGAUGGACAUACUAAUCAAGAUGACCAUGCUAAUGAAGACAUCAUACCUGUCACGUCAGUAAUAAAAACCACGUUUGAAGCAUCAAGGAACAAGAUAUUUUGUAGUAAAUACUUUUUGAACAAAGGAUCAAAAACAAGCGGUCUUUCGCGACGCUCAUUUUCUUCGCGUGCUGUACCCAGUGUAUCUCAAACAGAAUUAUCCCAGACAAGUAGCAGUUGGUCUCAAGAUAUUCCGGAGAAAGUAAAUUUAGAUAAGCCAGACGAAAAGUAA